AUGGAGUUUUGGAAUCAGAAUCACUACAGCUGUUUGAAAUUUUUAUCAUGUUGCCUGGGCUUGUGGCCUUAUCAGUCGAUGAGAGAGAGUUUAAUAUUUCGAAUUAUCGCUGUAUUUUUAUUUUUGUUUCAAACAAUACCUCAGGUGAAAAAAAUACUGGAUCGCAUAAGAAAUGAUUGGGAAAUAUUCAAGGACGAUAAUCUAUUGGAAAUUCUUCGGUCAUAUACUCGCCAAGGACACAAAUUUUCUGCAUUAUAUGCAGUCAGUUUGUACACAUGCAGUUUGUUUCUCACAUUGGCUCCCAUAGAGCUGCGACUCAUCAAUAUUCUAGUGAAAUCCAAUAUGAGUAUUCCGAAAUUUUUCAUACCCAUGGAAUAUCCGAUUAUGAAUAUCGAAAAAUAUUACUACGAAAUUCUCUUUGUCACUGAAUUAUCCGUCAGUGUAAUUAUGUUGAUGAUUAUUACUUACGACUUGUUCUUCUUCCUCUGUGCCCAACAUAUUUGCGGAUUGUUCGCUGCUUUAGGUGUCGCUAUUGAGAAGGUGCCAUUGACUAAAACCUGUGAAAAGGAUUAUGGAUACGACUACCUCAGAAGGUGCAUUCAAAUUCAUGAACGUGCAAUCGGGCACACGAGAUUACUCGAUGAAAUUCUCCGGUGGAAUACAUUCAUUCUAUUAGGAUUGACAAUGAUCGACAUGAGCAUGAUUGAACUCCAGCUGGUGCUUCACUUGGACGAUAUCGGCCGAGUUUUGAAGAACUUGAUCUUCAUCGGAUCAGUAAUGACGCGAUUCUUCGUCGUAUGUUUCGUUUCUCAACGAGUUACUGAUCACAGCAUUGAUUUCCAGAUAAAUGUAAUAAAUUCCCAAUGGUGCGAUACUUCGCUAAAAUCCCAGAAGUUGAUACAGUUCGUUAUGAUGAGAAGCCAAAAACCGUGUCAAUUGACAGCAGGUAAACUCCUAAUAAUGUCAUUCGAAUUAUUCACUGUGAUUGUUAAGACGUCCGGCUCCUACUUUACCAUGCUCUUAGCCAUGCAAUAAGAUCAUCAUUCAUUCUACACUUACUUUAUUAGUACCCUUUCUAAUAAUUAUUAUUUCCCAGUA